AUGGCACCUAGGAGAGGAGGCUCAAGCUAUAGCAGUAGCAGCGGUUGCGGUGCCUGCCUCGAUGAGCUGGAGCUCUAUGGUUUCCACUGGCGGAGUUCGAGAACAAAUGCCCUCUUCGCAUUUGCCAUUAUAGCCACGCUGGUUCUUUUCGCUUGCCUCGUGCUUGCUACACGCUUCAAAUGGGUCCGGAGAGGAGGACGGGACAGUCUCCGAACCAUAGGCUACGUUUUCGCAGCUUUUUCUAUGAUGAGUUACUACAUCCUUGCAACUAUCGUCAUCGCCCUUGAGGAAACCGAGACGGUGGUCACUCGCCUCUACUAUAUUGCCUACAUUUUACAAUCCGGCGCAGUACGUAUAGGUGAAGUGGUGAUCCUCGCUAUUAUCAUCCGAACGCUAUAUGCGAGCACUGCGUCGUCAAUGGUAACUCACCUACCUCCAAUAAACAUAGUAUCCACAAUCCUCUUGGCCCUGCAAUCGUUUGCUGGGUGGAUCCUUUACUCCAUCGGUACCGGGUGGGUAAUCGCAAGUGGCUCGAGCUAUGGUAGACCACGCACACUAAAUUUGAAUGGGCGGUAUGUCGACCUGGCCUACGAUUGUUUGUACUUCAUCGUAACAAUCAUGGCUGUGGUGUUUGCGGCACUUUUGUUUGUCAAGGAGCGGUCCAAGGGAACUCUUGUCAUGGUCGCAGUCGUAGCGCCAGGACUCUUCUUCCGCUCUCUAUUCGCCCUCGUUUCAGACGCAGUAGCCACUUUCCCUGAUGAAGUUCGAACCAAAGACUACAUCAACGUCUCAUGGGCGGCUUCAUUUAUCUCCGUUCUCUCAACCAUGGCCAUCUUCCUCGGUAUUGCUUUAAUCGGCAUCUUGAGCCCACGGGCCGGGAAUCCUAUGAUGACCCAGCAACAGCCCACCAAAUACAACAGUGAAAUGCCGUCGGCGUACGUACAAAAUGGAGCACCUACAGCCUAUCAAAGCAAUGCUCCCGUCUACUACAAUACCGGAGCCCCAACGGCCUACAACAACGGACAACCGGCAUACAAUAAUGGGGCCCCGGCGGCGCCCUACCAAGGAAUAGAGCCUGUCGGUCAUCAACCAUCACAUAUCGCAUAA